CAGUCAGCUGUUUCUUUUGCCGCCGCGCUCUCCCUGAAACGUUGUGAUGCAAUUUUGUUGUUUUCAGGCCUAAAAGUGAAAGUUUCCACUGAUAAGCAGCCACAGAUUGCAGCUGCGCCCACUUUACGAUCACUGGAUUUCCCGAUCCGUGUCAGCCAAUUGUUUCGCCCACCAGGAGCAAUCGAGUCACUCAGAACUCGCUCCUCAUUCCAAAGGGCGGCCGCACAUGGAGCGCAGGGUCAAAGCCGCGCCAGAAUCCCAAAAAGAGAUAGCGCCAGUCGAUGAGCGGGCAUCGCAAAGUGGGCGCUGAGGUCUAACCUCAAAGCACGAGCACAAUCAACAAAGAGAUUUCGAUUCCCAUUCCCCGGAUUCCCAGGAUCCAGAAAGGAGCUACCAUCUUCGCAGGAUGCAGCGCCUCAUGCCGGCGACCUGGACAAGCGGUGGCAGCCUUCUGCCCUUCCGCGUCUCCACCACCACAAAGGUUGUUCUUUUCUCGCUGACGGCUGGAGUGGCUCUGAUGAGCGUUCUUUCCCGCUUCCUGCGACGCCGCAAGCCACCGCGUCCGCCUCGCCGGGCGAGGAAGUACACAGGUCGCAGGAAUCGCAACAGCAUGCGCAGUCCCAAUGACCUAAUCUCGAUAGCUGGAUCGAAGGCCUCGGCGAGAUCGGGCAGUCCCGUGGGCUCCACCCUGGCCUAUUCGGACCGCCUGUCGAUGGCCUCCGGUUCGAUUGGCGUUGGAGCAAUGAGCGUACAAAAUGCCGGUGCCAGCGGUUCGAUGGUCACCCAACUGACCGCCCAACAACUGGGUAUGAUGGGCAUGGAAGCGCUGGACACGGUGAUUAACUUCUGGGAGGAUGCCCUGGCGGCCCACUAUUCACCUGGCGGACUACCCGCUCUGUUGACCACGGCGGAGGACUCGGAGUUCUGCCGCGAGAUUCAGAAUCUGCUGGAGAUGGCCUACACGCUGCAGGAGCAGAGCGAACUGCUCUUCCUCGACCAGCGAUCGGUGCUGUUCCGCGAGGAGCAUUCCAUUGACGAGGCCGAGGAGGAUGCCGGCGAGAUGGACGACGAUCGUCGGUCGCGAAAAUCGGGCAGCGUUCUGAGUAGAGCCGGUUCCGAUCCGAACUUUGAUUCCGCCGAGAGUUUCGCCUCCGCUCUGGACCAGGUGGCGGAUCUGCGGGAGUUCGACGGCUUUAUCGAGACCUCGUACGAGGAGUAUCCGUUGUUCCAGACCGCACUGAAGCACCACGACGAGUACACGGUGCCGUGCCGCACCAUUCGGGCGGAGCUGAUGCACUGCAGCACGGACACUGAAUACUUGGCCAAGCUGCACUGCGUUCGGUUGGCCUUUCAGUUCCUGUUCAAGGAUCCGGCGGUGGGCCAGUGGAUCUGCGAUUCCGGCCGGCAAAUCCUCACCGAUCUGCUCUGUCUGGGCGAUAAGGACACGAAGGAGUUCCUCGUCGGCUACGAGGACAUGGUUAACUAUCUGCACGACAGCAGCAAUUGGCCGUGCAUUCAAAUGGAGCUGGAGCAGCGCAACGUAAAGGCGAUGACGUUCUACGACAUCUGCCUGGACUUUAUCAUCCUGGAUUCGUUCAAGGACUUGGAUGCUCCGCCUGCCAGCGUCACUGCGGUGGUCCAGAAUCGCUGGCUGUCCAACGGAUUUAAGGAGACGGCUCUUACCACGGCCGUUUGGUCGGUGCUAAAGGCAAAGAAGCGAAUGCUUAAGUUCCCCAACGGGUUCAUGUCGCACUUCUACGUGAUAUCCGAACAGAUAUCGCCGCUGAUGGCCUGGGGCUUCUUCGGGCCCAACGAGAACCUGCGCGACAUCUGCCACUACUUUCGGGAGCAGCUGCUCGCCUUCCUGGGCGACAUCUUCAGCUUCCAGAAGAGCCGCUUCACCACCAUCGAGGAGUUCUCGCAGGACGUGCUGCAGCACAUGCAGACGCGCGUCAACAACAUUGGCGUGAAGUUUAGCCAGUAGUUGGUUUUCAUUCACUCUCGCCUUCUUAUUAUACUUCUUGGACUCCGUUUUACUUUUCCUUACAAACCAAACCGUUUGAUUCGGUAGAUUCCCUAAGAAACAAUGCUCCACAAGUUGACUAAUUUUAAAGCCUCAUUGAUUCAGCCACACACGACACCAAAUCCACGCAUCGUCAUUGUAUGAUUAAGCUGCAUUUAAGUCGCCAAAACAUUUGUAAAAUAAAACUGUUUACCGCCCGAACCGAGCGCAAAUCCAGCUGCGAAGCCUCCAAUUCCAUGGGGGAGGAGGUGGGCCAAAAGGUAACCGACACGUCGCAUACCCUGUUACUAUAAAGUUCAGUGAUGUUUCACAGCUGACAUAACAACGCACAAAAGCAGGUACUUAAGUCAAGAUCAAAACUUGAAUUUGUUACUUUGUAGUUACUAAGAAAACGAAAAGCAAUUCCCCGUUUUAUUAAAAACUUUGCUGAAUUAUGUAAAACUUGUAUUUGUUGAACGAUUCGAGAAUUAUAUAAUUAUAAUAUUAUAAAUAGCUUUAUCCGAAUGGUUAAUUAAUAUUUUUGUGAAACGAACAAAGUGAAUUAUUAAAGACAACUAAAUAAGCAGUAAAAGA